AUGGUAUCGACAAAGUCCAUGAAGGCAACAGAGAAGGCGGCCCGGGCGGCGGGGAAGAACUCCGAGGGGAGCGAUUUAGGGCUCGACGGGGAGUUAGAGGAUCUCACGGAGAUCGAAGGGCUGAGGAAGGUCAUGGAGACGCAAGUAGAGAGGCAGGCGAGGGUCGAGGAGGAGUUGAAUGGUUUGCAGGUGCAAGCCAGAGAUCACGGCCGCACUCUUGAUGCGUUGUUGGCGGCAGUGGAGGCGUUGCAGGGGCAGGUGAGCAGUCUGACGGAGGCUUGA